AUGAUCAUCGGUCAUUUGGUUUAUAGUGAAGAUGUUCAAUGUUUGCAUUGUUCUUUUCCAAACAUAUCAUUACAAAAUCCUGAUUUUAACAUAACCGAAUGUGACUAUGAAAUGGGUAAAUUUUGUCUAGCGACAUUAGUCAUUGGUCACGAGAAAAAUGUUGCAGACGCUUCUUUCGUAUGGAGUGACGAUCACGCGGUAUUAGUAAAUACUAAUUUAUCAGCAUUCGCUGCAAAUAUAUUCUUAAAACAAAACAAAAUUCUAACAAGUAUAACAUUGAUUUGUUUUCAAAAUGAUUGUGGAAUUGAUUAUGCAGUUAACCUUCUAACAAAGUUUAAUGUAUCGAUGCUUCCAACAUUUAGGCAACAGAUAAUAGGUGAGUUGUAUAAUCCUGAUGAUCCGGAUGAAUUAACAUGUGCACAUCAAGGAGAUACGGUUCAAUGUAACGGUGGAUUUUGUCAAGCAAUGAUCAGUUUAAUUGAUGGGAAUUUGAAACUUUCUGACCAGUUAUGUAUUCCAAAGAACUUUUUGAAACCGGUUGGACUCACAUUGGCUAUUGAUAAAAGGGAUAAUAUUGAAUACCAUGGUAUUAUCUAUGCCUGUAAUAAAAACUUGUGUAACGCGAAAAACGUUAUUGAUUUGAUAUCUCAACAAGUGAUGGCUCUACCCAUUCUUCUUUGA